GCGGCCACGCCUCCGCAGUGGUCUUCCUGUGAUUGUGUUGUCUCUGUCCUAUUGGGCAGACGCAUCUUGCGCGUCGUCACACAUCGCAGAUUUUGACUUUACUCAUAAAAUAUCAUUAAAUAUGUCGUCUCUGUAUAAACCGUUUUCUGUCUCGGAAGGGCCGUGCAAAGAUGCGAUAGUGAGGCGAGGUCGCACGCCGCUACAGCAUCCUGCCGCGAUGACCCGGAUUCCCUCCGCCGACGCGCCGACUCGCACUUUUACCCCAAUUUUUAACAUGUACCCAGGCCAGAGGAAUCUAGCGGCCGCUGCAAUCGGAGGAAGAAAAAUCACUCAUCCGUGGAAGGCUAUUCUUGCAGGUGGCAUUGCAGGAGGCAUUGAGAUCUGCAUCACAUUUCCAACCGAGUACGUGAAGACCCAGCUACAGUUAGACGAAAGAGCAAAUCCUCCACGCUACCGAGGCAUAGGCGACUGUGUUAAGCUGACGGUGCAGGAUCAUGGGUUGAGAGGUCUAUACAGAGGGCUUAGUUCACUGCUUUAUGGAUCCAUCCCGAAAUCUGCAGUACGUUUUGGAACCUUCGAGGUUCUUAGUAACCCAAUGAGGGAUGCCACGGGCCGGCUUGACAAUAAAGGAAGUUUGCUGUGUGGGCUUGGAGCAGGAAUUGCAGAGGCAGUGUUGAUAGUCUGUCCAAUGGAGACAGUCAAGGUGAAGUUCAUUCAUGACCAGUGCUCCCUGAGGCCACGUUACCGAGGGUUCUUCCAUGGUGUGAGGGAGAUCAUCAGAGAUCAAGGUGUUCGAGGGACGUAUCAAGGACUGACUGCUACACUUCUGAAGCAGGGCAGCAACCAGGCUAUACGCUUUUAUGUUAUGAACUUGUUGCGCAACUGGUACAAAGGCGAUGACCCGAGUCGUGACAUGCAUCCGCUGGUUACAGCGAUGUUCGGAGCAACAGCCGGGGCGGCGAGCGUAUUUGGAAACACGCCACUUGAUGUGGUGAAGACCCGAAUGCAGGGUUUGGAGGCUCAUCGCUACAAGAGCACAUUAGAUUGUGCAUUCCAGAUUUUGAAGAAUGAAGGCCCUCAAGCGUUCUACAAAGGCACGGUCCCACGACUGGGCAGAGUGUGUCUAGACGUGGCCAUUGUCUUUGUUCUCUACGAGGAGGUUGUAAAGCUACUGAACAAUGUCUGGAGAACCGACUGAGGACGGAUCGGGGGAAAAACUAAAUUGAGAUGGACUGAACUAUCCAAACACAGUUUGCCACGUCAGAUUUGAACCGUGACCACUGGCCUGGAGGAUUUUAACCAUCCAUCUGUGUCUGUAUAGUUGAAGCCAGGGGCUUGAGCCAUGUGAAGGAACCUGUAGCUUACGGUAUUUAUCGAUGCACAAAAAUAUUGAUUAAUGAGCAAGCAUUUCAUCAGUUUGCACCGUUCACUUCAGUAAAAUUGUGCAAGUGUCUUCUCACCAACAUGCAUUUAAAGAGGUUGUCUUGAGACAGUCUACUUACGUGGCAUGAAACCUAAACGCACAACCAAGUAUGUAAUGCACAAGUUCUUUUGUCAUAGUUUACAUGCAAAGUUCUGAGGUACACCGAAAAUGUGCUUUUAUAAGAAGUCAAAUGUAUCUUGAUUUUGUCGUAAGUCUCAGAACUGGUAGGGGCUCGGACGUUCAUGAUACUCAAUAUAAAACUAGCAUGGUGAGUGGCGUCAUCAAGACCUGGGCACUCAAGCUUGAUGUUUUGUGUUUUUAUAAUGUAAAUGGCAGCUUUUUUUAUUUGCACUAUUUAACUUAACGCUUUUUGUCAUUAAGCAUUUCCCACAAAGGCUGAUUAUUCUGUACUAGUUACGCUAAUUUUGUGUUUGUGUCUGCUAUAUAACGCAGUGCUUCUUCAAAACCAAUUCUGAAUACUUCACACAGAUUCAAUAAACCAACCAGGUUCAGUUUC